CUACACCUUGUCUGGUGUAUAAAAUGGUUAAAUCACCCGCAAGGGCCUCCCCACCGUCUUUUUCACCCCCAGAACACACUUCUGCCCACCGCACAAUCACUUACAGCCCAUCCCUCCUCCGAAAUGACUCCGCAACCACCAACGUCGUCGUCUUCAACAAGUGGCAUGCAUGAGCUGCUAGAACAACUAGAGACACUCGAGAAGACGGCAAACCUCCGUAGCAGCAUCGACGACGUCCAAAAUGCCAUCGACCUCCUCACCACCGCCCGAGCGAACCUCGCCGCCGAACCGCAAUCCGCGCCUUUGACCCUUGCGAAGCUACAAGACCCCCUCAAGCGAAACCUAGAGCAGGCACAAAAGGAUCUCAAGCCCAUAUACUCUGGUCUCAACAAGUACGGAAAAGCGCUGGACAAGAAAUUCAAAGACAAGCCUCUACCCUCUGCUUCCAACGAUGCUCUUUCGUCCCACCCUCAACUCAUCAACCGCGCCAUUGCCAUGCACCUCCUUCGCGGAGGCGAAUUCGCAGUUGCCUCCACCUUCGUUCAAGAGGCUAGCCGCAACCCUCCGCAUCCCGAACCCACCCCCAGUACCCCGAAUCCCGCUCUCGAAGACUCCUGGGAGAAGGAGCUAGCUGAAGACGCCCUAAACUCGGAGAAGCUGCAGGAGCAGUUUGAGGAAAUGUAUCAUAUUCUUGACGAACUACGGAAGAAGAAAAACCUCGCCCCGGCCAUCGCAUGGGCAAGACAGCGAAGCGACGUCCUUGAGGCCAGGGGCAGCAACCUCGAAUUCGAGCUUUGUAGACUACAAUUUGCAUGCUACUACGUUGGACACCGCCCUCCCUCCGACGACGUUAUGGAGGACUCAGACGCCAACUCUGACUCUACCGCACCAGGCCCCAUGGAAGCGUGGGCCUAUGCUCGUCGCGAAUUCACCACAUUCCAGCGCCGCUACUCCCGCGAGGUGCGUCAACUCAUGGGCGCCAUGGCGUAUUGGUCCAACAUCACUGAAUCGCCGUACUCGCGCUACUUCUACAACGAUUACGCAUGGGAGGACGUUGCGACGAGUUUCACGCGCGAAUUCUGUUCCUUGCUCGGCCUCAGCGCGGACUCACCUCUGUAUAUAGCAGCAACAGCCGGUGCUAUCGCGCUGCCGCAUCUCCUCAAGCUGCAGAGCAUCAUGGAGAAGACACGGACGGAGUGGACCACGCAGAAUGAACUACCCGUCGAAAUCCCACUUCCCCCUUCCUACCACUUCCACUCCAUCUUCGUAUGCCCCGUGUCCAAAGAACAAUCGACGGAUAAGAACCCUCCUGUGAUGAUGCCGUGCGGCCACGUAAUUGCAACGGAAUCUCUGCAGCGCCUGAGUAAGGGCGGACGCUUCAAAUGUCCGUAUUGCCCUGGCGAGAGUCAUCCGCGGGAGGCUGUAAAGGUAUUUCUGUAA